CAACCAAGCAGCGACAUGAAUAUGCUGGUGGUACAUAGUAGUGUUGACCCUGAGGACACAACACCUGACUCAGCUGUAGACACGGGAAGCUCCACUGUACAGACCCAGGAGGUGUGCACCAUCUCAGAGGAGUGUUUCCAAGUCCCGCCCACCUACCGACGACUCAACACGGGCUCCUACUCUAUGGCUAACGAAGAGGAGGAGCUGUUGCAGCUGGCCAUACGACAGAGCCUCCUGGAGCAGGGGGAAGGGGACCCGGAGGAACAGCUGAGCUUGAGGGAGGCACUGGGGGACCAGACACUCAUGGGGUCUGGCCAUGGGGGUGUGGUCAGUAGGUGUGGUCCAAAUGCUGAUGAUGAAGAGUUGGAGUUUGCCCUAGCGCUGAGUCGGCAUUUGGAAGAGGAGGAAGCCAGGAAACGACGACACGAAGAAGAGGAUUCGAGAGACGAGGAAUCGCAGAGAAUACUGAAGUUAUCUCUGGAGUUAUCUCUGGAGGAGAAAUAACUGAAACUUUAAAUUAGCGAGGAAUAGAUGUUUCAAAUUAACACCCGUUUUGUAUAAAUUAUGAGUCAGUGUGCUUAUAAUGAUGUGUGGAAAAUCA